GAGGGCGGAACUCCUAAGGCCGGUGAGAGGGCAGGAGGGUCAUGGGAUUGGGGCAGGGGUGGAAGGAGGGUGUCUGGUCCCUUUGUAGAGUCCACCACUUCUUCCUAUACAGAGUUCGGAGAGCUCCUCACAGGCUGGUUUUGGUGUACGGGCUGCCUAGGUAUUGCUGCUGGUUGCAGAGGAAAGACAAGGCUUCUCCCCACCAGCCUCCCAGCCCCUGUGGUAACUCCAGGCAGGAAACUUGAAAUCUGACUUUACCAGGUUAGGGCAGGUAGAGGGUGGGGGACCCUGGCAGAUAUGGCGUAUAGAGAGGUCAGGUGUUACCUGGGCCUCUGUCUACUGCCUGGGCCUUUGUCUGUCAGAUUCUCUCCCACGUAGUUGUGUCCCCAUGGCUUUGUUGUGUCUCUCUGCACUUUCUGCCUCCAACCAGAGCAUGGGCUGACUGAGGAAAUGGGAAGACAGGGUCAGAUGGGGAGUCUGGGGAGGGGCCAUGGUGCCAAGCCAGUUGUGGUGGCGACUGAAGAAACUGCUUCUCUUCCUGUGCUGCGCCUCCCUCCUCCUGGGGCUGGUUUUGCUGGGCAUACGGCUGGACAUCGGCCCUGUUGCUUAUUUCUUUCUGACCUUGGGUGGCUUCUUCUUGUUUGCCUGCCUCCUGGUCUGUUUUUUGGAAUGUGGGUUCCAAUCAGUGCAGACCCAGAGCCCGGGGGCCUCAGGCAAUGCACGGGACAAUGAAGCCUUUGAAGUGCCAACCUAUUUAGAGUCCGUGGUGUUAGAAUCACAGUGCCGCCCCCAAGAGUUGGAUCAACCACCCCCCUACAGCAGUGUUGUAAUCCCCCCAGGACUUGAGGAGGGACAGUCUAGCCAUCCAGAUGGGCCCAUGAGAGCCAGACUGGAAAGGCGAGUGGGCUCAGAGGGGUCCAUAAUCACAAGAAGCCCUGGAAGAGCUCCACUCAACCUUCGGCUUCGGGGAACACGAGUCGUGUCCACUGUUCCUGAUCUGCAGAGCUUGGGGACCCUACAGAAGCUCCCCAGAUUGGAGCCUCUUACUCCACCCCCUGCCUAUGAUGUCAGCUUUGGUCACCCUGAUGAUGAUAAUGUUUUCUAUGAAGACAACUGGACACCCCCCUAAAAGACUUUCCCAGGAUAUAUCAGCUCUCUGCACCAGACCCACUCAUUCAUUUGACCAAUAUUUCCCAGUGCCUGCCACGUGUCAGGAACUGUGUUUCCGCCUGGACAUCACAAAUGGGGACUUUAACCCAGAGGGGAGUCAGGCUAUGGUAAGCCCUUCCCAGUUGAGAUGUAGGUGGUACAAUUUGAGUCUUCAGGCAACAUUCAGUGACCUACUCCAUGUCCUCUAUUUCCAGAGUUAGAUUGAGGGUGAAAUGAAGAGGUGAUCCAGAGAACCUGGAGGAGGAAGAA